CGACGGCCCACAGCAACAACUUCUUGCACGACCAACAACACCACCACAUCACAAUGGCGCCACCGUCCGCCUCAGCAGGGCCAUCAACCCCGCGCGGCAAGAAGAACCAGAAGAAGCGCGCGGCCGACGGCUCAGCGUCCAAGCCCAAGCCAGCCAAGGCGGCCAAGGUCGCGCGGGUCGAGGAGCGCGUCGCGCAGCAGAUCGCCGACGAGGGCGACGACGACGACGAAGAGCCGAGCCCCGCGGCCAAUUCCACGGACGACCCGAUGGCCGCGCUCGAGUCCCAGGCCGACGGGGGAGGCGACGGCGAGGCCGUCCCCGAGGCUGAGGGCGCCGACGCCGUGCCCGGCGAAGCCCCGGUGCGGGCGGACGAGUUCGAGACCCAGGCCGAGCGCGAGGUCGACACGGAUAAGGGCCUCGGAGGGGGUGCCGAGGACGGCAAGGAAGGCAAGAUGAAGCUUGUCCACCAGGUCCGACACCAGGUCGCAGUCCCGCCAAACUACCCCUACGUCCCCAUCUCCCAGCACAAGCGCCACGACCCACCAGCAAGGUCCUACCCGUUCGAGCUCGACCCCUUCCAGUUUGUCGCGACGUCGUGUAUCGAGCGCGAGGAGAGUGUGCUCGUCUCGGCGCACACGUCCGCCGGUAAGACUGUCGUCGCAGAGUUUGCCAUCGCGACAUGUCUCAAGGAGGGCAAGCGUGUGGUGUACACCAGUCCCAUCAAGGCCCUGUCCAACCAAAAGUACCGUGAAUUCCUCGAGACGUUCGGCGAUGUCGGCCUCAUGACGGGUGAUGUGACUAUCAACCCCACUGCGUCGUGUCUGGUCAUGACGACCGAGAUUCUCCGUUCCAUGCUGUACCGCGGUUCCGAGGUCAUGCGCGAGGUCGCGUGGGUCGUGUUCGACGAGGUCCACUACAUGCGCGACAAGGAGCGUGGUGUCGUCUGGGAGGAGACCAUCAUUCUUCUGCCCCACACGGUCCACUACGUCUUCCUGUCGGCCACCAUCCCCAACUCGAUGGAGUUUGCCGAGUGGAUCUGCCAGACGCAUAACCAGCCAUGCCACAUUGUGUACACCGACUUCCGACCAACGCCACUGCAGCACUACCUCUUCCCCGCAGGAUCCGAGGGCAUCUACCUCGUCGUCGACGAGCGCGCCAACUUCCGCGAGGACAACUUCCAAAAGGCCAUGGCGGCGCUCACCGCCGGCCAGGGAGAGGACUCGGCCGACCCCAACGCCGGCCGUGGACGCAAGGGCAACAAGACACGCAAGGGCGGCGCAAUGAAGGGCACGUCCGACAUUUACAAGAUUGUCAAGCUCAUCAUGACGCGAAACCUCAACCCCGUCAUCAUCUUCGCCUUCUCCAAGCGCGAGUGCGAGUCGCUCGCCAUGCAAAUGUCCAAGCUCGACUUCAACACCGAGGACGAGGCCAAGACGGUCGAGCAGGUGUUUGAGAACGCCAUCAGCGCCUUGUCAGAAGACGACAGGAAGCUGCCACAGAUCGAGCACCUCCUGCCGCUCCUCAAGCGCGGUAUCGGAAUCCACCACGGCGGUCUGCUUCCCAUCCUCAAGGAGGUGAUCGAGAUUCUGUUCCAAGAGGGUCUGAUCAAGGCUCUUUUUGCCACCGAGACCUUCUCGAUCGGUCUCAACAUGCCUGCCAAGACGGUCGUGUUCACCGCCGUGCGCAAGUUUGACGGCAAGGACUUCCGAAACCUCUCGGGUGGCGAGUACAUCCAGAUGUCGGGUCGUGCCGGUCGUCGUGGUCUCGACGCGCGUGGUAUCGUCAUCAUGAUGUGCGACGAGAAGAUUGAGCCCGACGCGGCAAAGGGCAUGGUCAAGGGCCAGGCUGACCGCCUCGACUCGGCCUUCCACCUCGGCUACAACAUGAUCAUCAACCUCAUGCGCGUCGAGGGUAUCAGCCCAGAGUACAUGCUCGAGAGGUGUUUCUACCAGUUCCAGAACUCGCUCAGCGUCCCCGUGCUCGAGAAGCAGCUCAAGGCUGCCGAGGACGAGCGCGACGCGAUUGUCAUUGAGGACGAGGACGACAUUGCCGGCUACUACGACAUGAGGGAGCAGCUCAAGCAGCUCGAGAACGACUUUAAGGCCGUCAUCACCCACCCUACUUACAUCCUUCCCUUCCUCCAGCCUGGCCGCAUGGUCGAGGUCGCUGAUGGCGACCGCGAGUUUGGCUGGGCCGUCGUGGUGGGCUACAACAAGGUCGCCAACCCCAAGGGCCGUCCACCAGUCGUCACUGAGAACGAUCCUCCCCAGAAGGGCUACAUUGUCGACGUGCUUGUCAAGGUUGCUUCUGGCUCGGAGAUCCCCAAGGACCGAUCGUCGACCGGCAUCUUCCCCCCUGGACCAGGUGACCAGGGCGAGGUUGCCAUCAUUGGCGUGCUCCUGUCCACCAUCCAGGCCGUGGCGCACUUAAGACUGCACCUGCCCAAGGACCUCCGCUCGCAGUCUGAGAAGAACGCGGCUUUCAAGUCUGUCGGCGAGGUCAAGAAGCGCUUCCCCAAGGGCAUCACGCUUCUGGACCCUAUUCAGAACAUGGGCAUCAAGGACGACGAGUUUAAGAAGCUUGUCAAGAAGAUUGCCACGCUUGAGGAGCGCAUCGCCACUCUGCCGAUCAACUCUUCUCCCGACCUGCCACAGCUCUUUGACACGUACGACCGCAAGGUCAAGGCGAUUGCGUCUGUGCGCGCACUCAAGAAGCGCAUCUCGUCGGUGCACGACGUGCUGCAGCUCGAGGAGCUCAAGGGGCGCAAGCGCGUACUCCGCCGCCUAGGCUUCACGACCGCAGAUGAUGUCGUCGAGAUGAAGGGCCGAGUGGCGUGCGAGAUUAGCUCCGGCGAUGAGCUGUUGUUGACCGAGAUGAUGUUUGGUGGUGUCUUCAACCCCCUCACGCCCGACCAGUGUGCCGCGCUGCUCAGCUGCUUUGUGUUCCAAGAAAAGUCGGAGGCAAAGGUCAAGAUCAAGGAGGACCUGGCCGCGCCAUUGCGCGUGAUGCAGGAGACUGCUCGCCGCAUUGCGAAGGUUUCCAACGAGUCCAAGAUUGCGCUAGUCGAGGACGAGUACGUCCAGAGCUUCAAGGUGGAGAUGAUGGAGGCCGUGCUGCAGUGGUGCAAGGGCGCCAAAUUCUCAGACAUUUGCAAGUUGACCGACGUUUUCGAAGGAUCCAUUAUUCGCUGUUUCCGCCGAUUGCAAGAGCUUCUCCGGCAAAUGGGUCAGGCGGCGCAUGCGAUUGGAAACACGGAGCUCGAGGACAAGUUUACAAAGGCGCUCGAGCUGCUCGAGCGGCCCAACACUGUCGUGUUCAACCCAUCUUUGUACCUUUAGACGGCGAUGCAUUGAGACUUGUACCACUGUUGGCUGUCUGUGGCCUGGCUGUGGGAACAAGUCAAGCUGUGGGAGUUUGUCGGAGCCAGUCAGUCCCCCUGCCCAAUGCCCAGCCAGUGCCGCGGCCAUUGCCGCCGCCGACGCCAUUGUGCGACGCUAAAUAAAAAGUCGGCGUUGCAGUGCCGUUAUAUUAAUCAGGGUUAGGAACAAGCGUAACCAGACC